CAUAAGCAACCAAGCAUACGACGCGUCGACCGCCAGUUGGGUUGAAUAGUCUGUGACUACAGACGUCAGACGUCGAAAAUGUCUAGAAGUGUGUCAAAGCAAUUUCAUUUUGCAAUUUACGAAAUCUAAAGCGGCAGUCCGCUCGCGAAAUUAUUAGGUCGCGUUCGGGUAUUGUGCGUUUAAUAGAAUAAAUAUUUUUUAUAUAAAAAAAAAUAUAUCACAUUCAUCUAUUGACACAGGCUGCAAAGCGGCACAGUAUCUAUGAUGAAGGUCUGGGGAGCGCACGGGGAGUUCUGUGCGAAACAUCAAUGGGAGGUCAUAGUGGCGACCCUCGCCCUCCUCGCCUGUGCUGCGAGUGUCGAGAGACACGGCACAGGCGUCAGAUCUGAACACUGUGCGGGCUGGGCUAGAGCGUGUCCAGGGUUAGAGGCGGAGUAUCAAGCGGCCGACGCUGUUAUCAUGACCUUCGUCCGCUGCGCCGCCUUACUCUACGCCUAUUACCAAGUGUCGAAUCUUCAGAAAAUUGCUUCGAAAUAUCUUCUAAUAAUUGCUGGCGUGUUCUCAACAUUCGCCAGUUUCAUAUUCACGUCGGCAUUGGCUAGUUUGUUUUGGAGCGAGCUGGCGAGUAUUAAGGAUGCGCCGUUUCUGUUCCUAUUGGUUGCUGAUGUGGCUAGAGGGGCCAGGAUGGCUAAGGCUGGAUGGAGCGCAGGAGAGGAUCAGGGGAAGAGGGUCGGCAAAGCGCUUUCAUUGCUGGGACCGACGGCGACUUUAGACACACUUCUAGCAGUUCUUCUAGUCGGUGUCGGUGGACUAUCUGGUGUUCCAAGAUUGGAGCACAUGUGCACGUUUGCUUGUCUGGCUCUGUUAGUCGACUACUCCGUGUUCGUUACUUUUUACCCGGCCUGCUUAUCGCUCGUGUCGGAUUUCGCAUCCGGCAGGAAAGAAAUGAGACCGGAUAGUCCGUUUGCUGAAAGUGAUCUGAAACCUAACCCGGUGGUGCAGAGGGUCAAGAUGAUCAUGGCUGCUGGUUUGUUGUGUGUACAUCUGACGAGCAGGUUGCCGUGGGCGAAGGAGAACGGGAUGAUAGAAGGUUCCUUGUCAAAAGAUUUCAAGUCGACAUCCGAUGAGAAUGUUUUAUUCAAUUCGUACGUCAAAUGGUUCUCAGUGAGCGCCGAUUAUAUCGUCAUCGCCACGUUGUUGUGCGCUCUCAUUAUAAAAUUCAUCUUCUUCGAGGAGCAAAGGAACUGGGUCAUCGAUAUGAAUGAUCUAACGGUGAAGGAAGUCACUAAUAAAUAUGACAAGCCUAAAUUCAUUGUUGGCGAGGAAUUUAAAGCGGAGAUAUGUACUCAAACCGAUGACCUGUUGAAUUGGGAGGAGACCGAAUGGCCAGUGCUCUCCCCGAGCUCAUCAGCCGCUAAACUUAACGCGAAAAAACGCCCAAUGGCCGAAUGUUUGGAAAUAUACCGUUCAGAGGGUGUCUGUACAUCGCUUAGUGACGAUGAAGUCGUAAUGCUUGUGGAACAAUCGCAUAUACCGUUGCAUAGAUUAGAGAAUGUCCUCAACGACCCAUUGCGCGGUGUCAGGCUACGCAGGAGAGUCAUAUCGGCGAGAUUCGAAACGGAAUCUGCCGUGAAGAAGCUGCCUUAUCUCAACUACGACUAUAGCAAAGUACUAAAUGCGUGUUGCGAAAACGUGAUUGGAUAUGUUGGUAUUCCAGUAGGUUAUGCUGGUCCCUUGGUCGUUGAUGGCAAAGCUUAUAUGAUCCCCAUGGCGACCACUGAAGGGGCUUUGGUAGCAUCCACGAAUAGAGGCGCUAAGGCAAUUGGAACCAGAGGAGUUACCAGUGUGGUUGAAGAUGUGGGCAUGACAAGAGCUCCAGCCGUGAAGUUACCUAAUGUAGUGCGAGCUCACGAGUGCCGUCAGUGGCUCGACAAUAAAGAUAAUUACGCUAUUAUCAAAACGGCUUUCGAUUCAACAUCUAGAUUCGCGCGACUCCAGGAAGUGCACGUUGGAGUCGACGGCGCCAUUUUAUAUUUGCGAUUUAGAGCCACCACUGGCGACGCCAUGGGAAUGAACAUGGUGUCUAAGGGUGCCGAAAACGCUCUCAAGCUACUCAAGAACUACUUCCCGGACAUGGAAGUUAUAAGUUUAUCUGGCAAUUACUGUUCUGAUAAAAAAGCGGCUUCAAUCAACUGGGUCAAAGGUAGAGGCAAACGUGUAAUAUGCGAGACGACAAUAUCGGCUACAAAUUUGAAGAAUAUUUUCAAAACUGACGCCAAAACUAUGACAAGGUGCAACAAAAUAAAGAAUUUGUCCGGAUCGGCGUUGGCUGGUUCGAUAGGAGGCAACAACGCUCACGCUGCUAACAUGGUCACCGCUAUCUUCAUAGCGACCGGCCAAGAUCCAGCUCAGAAUGUGACGAGCAGCAACUGCUCCACCAGCAUGGAGGUUUGUGGGGAGAACAACGAGGAUCUGUAUGUGACAUGCACCAUGCCUUCGUUGGAGGUAGGAACUGUUGGCGGCGGCACGGUUCUGACUGGUCAGGGUGCCUGCCUCGAGAUCCUCGGCGUCAAAGGAGCGGCUGAACGACCGGCCGAGAAUUCAGCCAGACUGGCUUCCCUAAUCUGCGCCACCGUCCUGGCCGGCGAGCUCAGCCUUAUGGCCGCUUUAGUCAACUCGGACUUAGUGAAAUCUCACAUGCGGCACAACAGAUCCACUAUCAACGUACAGAACGCGUCCAACGAACUGAAAGUACCCACAUUAUAACGACGGUACUUAGAUAUUAAGGAAGAAAUUCAAGACGCUAUAUAACCAAAUGCUAAAGAAGGGUCGUUGGCUUCUACUUCAGUGUGGAUGGUGUUGUAUGAUAACGAGAUGAAUGUUGACAGACUCCGAGUUUUCAAUCUUCAUGUUCGUGUAAUUGUUAUGGUUCUGGACUCAUGUGACUUUAAAAAUAUUUCACUUUUGUUUCAUAACAAAGUCAAAUCAACUUAAUUUUGUACUAAAACGAUAAAAUGUUAUAUAAUUUAUUUUGCAUAUGUAAAGGCAAUGCUGAUGGUAUAUUUUUUUGAAAUAUACGUAUUUAUUUAUUAUUAUUUUUAUUGUCUUUGUAUGUAAAACAUGUAGUAUUACAUAUUAUGAAUUAAUAUUAUUGAUGUUCUGUUGAUAAAAACAUAUGCAAUUAUAUCUCAGUGUCGCUUGGUGUUGUCAUCGAAUAGAUUGUGUAAUUAUAAUGUGCACGACGCCAUCUUUAAAAAGUAAGAAAUUAGUAGCUAAAAGAAUAACAAUGUUUGAAUUCCUUAGAUUGGCUGGGGUUCGGAAACGAGUAAAUUUAAGUUAUUAAAUAUAGAUAUAAUUAAACA